AUUAUUAUUUUUGAUCUUAGUUAAGAUGGGUGAAAACGAGAGACGUGUUGUAGUAAAACUUCGGUGUCUUGAAGCUUCAAUUUCUGAAGAACAGUUUCAUGAUGACAACUUUAAAACAGCUACAUCAGAUGAUCAGAUUGCUGUUGAGGAAUCUGUGAAACAACAGUUUGAAUAUAUUAAGAAUGUGGCAGAACUGGAUCCUGAUUGUCCACAACUGCUACGUGAACAACAUAUACAUUUUUUGAAAAAAGGACUUUACUCAUUACCAGAAGCAUACGAGUGUUUGGACGCUAGUCGACCAUGGCUAUGUUAUUGGAUUCUUCAUAGUUUAGAACUUUUAGAUGAACCCAUCAGUGAUGAAACAAAAUCCAAGGUUUCUGCAUUCCUUUCAAAAUGUCAACAUCCCGAUGGUGGAUUUGGAGGUGGACCCUACCAACUAGCCCAUCUUGCCCCUACUUAUGCUGCUGUUAAUGCCCUCUGUAUAAUAGGAACUGAAGAGGCAUACCAAGUAAUAGACAGGUAGUUCUUUUCAACUGGAAA